AUGUCCCAGACCCAGCUGAGAGAAGGCUGUUCUAUCAGUGACGACUGCAGCACGAUCACGUGCAAUAUGAAUUUCGUUGACGAGCCAAUCACAUUCAAGCUAAAGGUAUAGCCUGCAGAGCAUGCGUUUUAAGCGCGACUGACCUAGAGGGCAACUGGAAAACUAUGGGAGGAAGGGCGGGCAAGGACGAGGGACUCAUCAACCACUCCCUUGGAAUCUUUUUUGACUUGUCUUAACUCUCUGUCACUUCAACGUCCAAAUCGUUCGCACAGCAAAAUACGCCUGCUUUGCAGGCGACCAAAGGUAUUGAUUGCUAUGCUAAUGGUCGCGGGCAUUUCUGAAGGUUCCUUUCAUAUUAAUCUAAGUAAAUUUGAAGACGUCGUCUUGAUUCAUCCCAGAGAUUCAGGGAAAUGCUUAAUAUUCUGCUUUUGUAACCGUAUUAAUGUUGGUAAGCCAACACUAAUGACAAUUACGAGUACAACUAGCUCUUUUCACGAAAUCACGUUGUGCCUAUCAUAACUAAAUAUUAGCAUUAUUUCUCAACAGGUCAACAAAUGUGAUGAACCUGUCACGGUAACGGCCUCCAUGGAUGUCCCGGAUCUAAGUGUCACGUGGUCUCACACGUACACAAGUGACGACAUCAUUGAAGUGCCCGGAUUUACUGUAUCUUUGCCUUCUAUUUUCUCGGCUGGAGUGUACGUUCAAGUUGGACUCACUGAUAACGGAGACCAAUUCAAAGUAGACAGACUACAAAUUAUCUUAGUUGCUAAAAUAUAUAUAUCUACGUGUCGCAACUGUUCAUCAGUAGGAUGCCUAAAAUGCGUGCAAUUCCACAAUUGGUUUCGGCUCCAUCAAAUCCUAUACCAAUUGCAGAACAUUUUAGGAGGAGCCACCCACCAUGUGAGCACAGUCACGGACAAUGUAUAAGUGAGGAAAAUAACGCAAAGUAAAAUUAAGACGUUAAUAAACGAACUAAAUGUACACGUCAAUUAAAUAAAUAAACAAAUAAUGCGCGCGCUCAAAAUAAAAUUGUACGCGCACACGUACCGAGAUACAUCUGGAAUACAACACUAUGUAAUAAAUAAGUAAUGUAAGGAUACGAUGGUGCAAUUCAAGCCUGGAUUGCUAAUCUCAUCUCCCGCAGGGCUGCACCAUACUUCUCGACGAUAAGACCAUGGCGAGUGAAGAAUUUAUUAAAUGAUUUCUGAAGUAGAUUGGUUUCAAAGCCUUGCUGUCUGAGUCGUAAUGAAAGUCCACGGAGUCUAUUGAUGAAGUCAACUUUGGACGUGCAAAUUCUAGCAUAUCUCACCAGUUGAGAUAUAUAAACACCGUAAGCUGGAUUGGCGGGAAUGUUGCUGUCCAUAUGAGGAAAGUUGACAAUGCGAAAUGCAAAGUCCUCUCUCUUAUCGUAGAUGCUGAUACGGAAGGGUGUGUUUUCGCCAGUCUUGAUAUUAGUGUCGAGAUAACACACUUCAGUAGAUGAUGUGGAAGUGUCCUUAAGUUCCAAUUCCGACGGGUAAAUUGCGCUGAUGUAAUUUCCAAAGUCCACAUUGUUAGCACUGAAUAAAUCGUCGAUGUACCGAAAGGUGUUGCUGAAUUGGAUGGCUUUUGUAAUAUCCUGUUUCAUUGUUUUGACCAUGAAAUCGUACUCGAAGGUAUGAAAGAAGAGAUCAGCGAAUGUUAAGGUAUUUUACAGUUAUCUCAUUGGCCAAUUCAUCGUGACGUCAAUACGUUUACUAUUAAGGGGCUAGAGAUGACGUUGCGGUGACGUACAAGAGUAGGCCCUUUCCAAGUUCCAAAAACCCUCACUUUCAAAGCGAGGCAAAGUGCAAUGCUAUCAUUAAAGGCUAAUGUUGACUUUGAUUUAUGAAAUGAAACUUCGAAACUAUUCUUUGUUUCAACAGGUGAACCUUUUGGCCGGUGGUAAAGUGUUAGGAAAGAGUGUUUACCCAGUAAAAGUCACUGAUCAUGCUUCUACUAAAACACUUACUUUUAUAAACGUUUUUAAAGCAGGAGUACACUUCAUUCUACGAUUAAAAUCUGACAAGUUUCACUUGGUGCUUUAUUUUUCUCUGUUUUUGGUGUCUUGUUUGUAGACGAGAGGGGAAAUAGCAGCCGCACAUGUUUUUCGAGAAUUAUCGAUCUCGAGCGGAGCAGGUGCAAUUUUAGGAAAGUUUCUUGGUGCUGUGGACGGGUUCAAUCACCAAAUGACGUAGCAUAAAACAUUGAAAAGUCACUGAAAAUACUCACAUCACAAUUCAAAGGCAAUGAACAAUAUGGUGUUCCGCAAAACCACAGAACACUCAAUUUUUAGAGUUCUGUACAGUACCGCAAGUGAUCCCCAACCGCAAAUGAUCCCGAGACCGCAAAUGAUUCCCAAAAUGGACCGCAAAUGAUCCUCGACCGCAAGUGAUCCCCAAAGUUGACCGCAAAUGAUCCCGAAAGAAAAAUAGUAAUGGCUUAGACUCGAGUUAGCGGAUCUUCGUGUCUAUUUUAUUAUUAUUACAAAAAGGAAGAUUAAACGCUAAAUUUCAGUUCUAAAAUAAAUACAUGAAUUAAAACUAAAUGAAAAAAUCAUUCAAGUGUAAAAACGAAGUCGCUGGGCAACACACGACUUUUACCUCAUGCCAAAAUGCUGCUUGUUCCAAUGAAUUUUCUCUCUGGCGGGUAGACUAUACCUCUGAAGGAAAACGUUUUCUCUGAGCAAAUGUGAUUUUUUCCGCUUAUUUCAUACUGAGAGGUCAUGACACGCAUUUUCGGCAGUUAUUGUUGUUUCUGGUCGGCAUGAUUUGUCCUUUAAUGCAAGAGCAUUUCCUUUGACCUCUUUUCAAAUGCAAUGCUUUUCAUUGCCGCUAAAUAAGGGUUUUAGGUUGUUUAAUUUUCUUUAAAGUACCUCAUGGAUCCGAAUAAUUAUAAGCGACUUAUUUUUAGUCCGUGAAUGUGACGGUUCCUACGAUGUUUUGUCACUUGAUAACUACCGCUUGCCUCGCUUUUGCGUUUCUCAUCACCAGGUUUAGAUUCUUGGUAACUGUCUCCAGCAAAGACCCAACAAAUGGAUAUACAUAUAAGCGUCAAUAUAACUAUUUGCAACAUGUUCAUGAACUGUAAGCAAGUUGCUCUUUCAAAAUAAACCGAAACCUGUGGACAUGGAUAAGUUCGGGGGCUUUUUGACGUGUGUUUAUUUCAAAUCAUGUCUUGUUUCGUAAAGGGCACUCCCAGGCCUGGGACACUCCUAAGCAACGAACCAAUGUCUUGCUGUUUAUCACGUAAAAUUAACACUUCAGAGAAAAAUCAAAACUAAAUAUUCUGAAAAUUAAUUGGACAUUUCUAAAAAGAUCAGUAAAGUCAAUAAAGCUCUUGUUAUGUAGAGGGUGCCCGGCUUUGUAUUCCUCAGUAGACAAGUUGAGCUUGGGCGUUAAAAUAAUAGAGUUUUUUCUGCGUAACGUCCUACCUGUCUUAAAUUUUCAGCGACGAAAGAGUUCUUUAAAGAAAAUUGAAGCAAUUGACAAUGGAAGAAGUAUACGGUUGAUACCAUAUCCUUUUCAGAUUUAUUCUACUGUUUUUUGGCCUUGUAUAAAUUGACCUGAGACGAAGCGUCCUCCUUCCCUUUUUCUUUAGAAGGCGCGAGAAAAAGGUUCCUUUUUUAUAAUCAGUCCUUUUUUGUAAUCAGUCCCAUAAAAUCCAUUCCAUUCCUCAAGUUUUCACGAGAUCAUUCGCGGUCAACUUUGGGGAUCACUUGCGGUCGAGGAUCAUUUGCGGUUGGGGAUCAUAUGCGGUACUGUACAGUUCAAUCAGUUAAGUAUCGUUGAAUCUAUUUUUAAUAAAAAGUGUGUUUUGGUUGCAGGGAUCUUCGAGUGGUGGUACAACUUUUCCGAUAUUGAAAAGGCAGCAGUAAUUGGUGGACUUCUGUUGUUCAUCAUAAUACUAAUCAUUGCCUGUUGCUGUUGUUGCGGCUGGUGCAGGUCCCGUCCAACCAACCAAGGGGCUGUUAUCGUCACUCCCGCAGCUGUCCCUACAGCUGUCAUGGCAACAAGUACCAGGAGCACCAUUCCCAUGAAACCGCUGGUCAACGAGGCUUGA